CCUCUACCUGCCUCUCUCUUUCUCUCUUUCUCUCUACCCUCCACCCGCUGGCCACCAUCUCACUCAUCCCACCAGUCAGCGUCUAUCGUCGCGAACCACUCGCUCGAAUUCUUUAACGCGACAGCGACAGCGACAGCGACCGUGGCAGUGAAAGCGACAGCGACGGAACGGCCUCAGCGCUUGCCAACCUCAGCGUCAGUUCCGGCGCCAAAAAGAACCACGUCGACCACACACGGCUGCGCCUGGUGCCAGACGAGACGAACGUGCCCCCGCAACUUGAACUUGAAGCCCACAUCCCCCCUGCUCCAAACCUGCGACUCCUUGAUUGUGGGUUUUCGCAACCUCAACAAGUUGUCGCCCCGACUCUGACAACUCUCAUCCCCUCUCCCACGAAACCCUUACGAUUGACGAUUCCUUGCCCUGACCUCGGGCGAGCUUGAGGCAACAACUAGAGCAGAACCGGAACCGGAUCAUGACUUGACCCCGUCCCUCCUUGGGUUAUCAGCGCGACCACCUCAUCAUGCUGAUGACACAGACCGCAGUGCCGGCACUAGUUCAGGGUCAAAAAAACAACUACAUUCCUCGCAACAAGCCUUCGCGCGAAAACCUCGGCCUCGAACACAGCAGCAAUUACUAUCAAUCCCAACCGACGUUGGAUCAGCCCAACGUCGGCCACGCCUACUCACCCUACUCCCAGGCCAUCACCUCCUCCUCCUCCGUAAUGAAUGGCAUUGCGGGGACCGCCCCGCCGGGCACAAUGUAUGUCCGAGCUCUGUACGACUACGAGGCCGACGACCGCACGAGUCUUAGUUUUCACGAAGGCGACGUCAUCCAAGUUAUCACACAACUUGAAUCCGGCUGGUGGGACGGCGUUAUCAAUGGCGUUCGCGGCUGGUUUCCUAGCAACUACUGUCAGAUUGUGACGAGCACCGACGAGAUCCCCGACCAUGAUCAAAACGGCGAACUCGAACACCUCGACGAUGAGGAGGACAAUCAGGAGGUUUACGAUGAGCAGCUGGAGGAGGAUGACGAGUCGGAACUGGACGACGCCAACGGCCUGCCGCUUGAGGGCGCUGAUCUGGGCGAUAAAUCGAGGGCUGAUUUUUGGAUCCCGCAAGCAACCCCCGAUGGUCGCCUCUUCUACUACAACAUGAUGACGGGCGACCGCAGCAUGGAGCUGCCCUUGGAAUCACCCAGCUCGGCCAACGAGACGGGCCCGCGCAACAGGAUGAACGUAAACGUUCCGGAGAAGACGCGGCCCCCUCCAGAGAUGAUGGCUAGAGGAUUGACUCAGGACGAGGACGAAGAUUCCGAAGCAAACUCGGCCUCCGAGCUGGAGGGCGAGUCGUUGAUGCUCGCUUCCCGCGGGUCUCUGCAGCCUCGUAAUCGUCGUUCUCGCAGCGAGAUGCUUUCGCCCUCUACUUCCAUGGACUCGAUGAACGGUGCAGCGCAGGUUUCCAGGGGGAAGAAUGAAGCGUACCUGAACCCGAACCUUGCGCCCAACGCGACGCCGAUGAUUGCGUCGGCCACGUCGUUCACCAGCACGUCGUACAACACGCCGCCAACUAGCACCGUGCCUCGCUCCUUUUUUGAUGACGGCUCGGCGCCGCCUUUGACAUGGACGCGCCUUGUCUCCAACAUGCGCAGGGCCGUAGAUCGAUACCGCGAUGCUAUCACCAGCAACAAUCGCUCCGAAUAUGUUGCACGCGCCGAGGACAUCUCUGACCACCUCAGGUUACUCCUGGCCGCCGGGUCUGGCACUACUGACAACCAUUCUGGCCAACCCUCUAUUAUCUCGACGAACAAGGCUCUCUACCCUCACUUCAGGGACAUGAUGUCCAAGUUCUCCAAACUCGUGAUCUCAUCUCACAUAGCUGCCGCUGACUGGCCUAACGCUGAAUCGGUACAGAAAUGUCUUCAGGAGGCCGACGGUGUGUUGCUCGGGGUUUUCAGCUAUGUCGAAAUUGCUCGCCAGCAGCGAGGAGAAGAGAUCCCCCGGCUUUUCCCUGGGUUCGUCAUUGGCAGUUCCACCGGCGGUAGUUGGCAGAAUAACGGCCUCGGCUCUCGCGAUCCCAUCACUGCGAACUUCCUAGAAGAUGAAGAGGGUGUCGUGGAGCCCACGGCGAUGCUGGACGGUAAACUUCUUGAGAGGCUGGACGAGCUCAAGCGAAUGCUUGUAUUCAGUAUAAGAGAGCUGGACAAGCACUUGGUUGUGGCGGACAAGAUCAUGACAUCUUUCAGGCAUGAAAUCAUCGGCAACAAUGUCUGCUCGGCCGGAGGCAAGGUUCUCGAGAUGUUCAAACCAUGGUACGCCCUUAUCGAGUCCAUCGAUCUAUCGUCGCUCGGAAACAGCUUCCAGACGCCUCAGCUGGCGGAUUUCGCCGCCAACAAGCAGAGCCUGUACGAUAACAUCUCAGACCUCGUGGUGGGCUGUCAAGCCGUGGCCGGACCUUUGGCUGAUGAAUGGGCCGAGGUGCGCGGCGAAGCUCUGGAGAACCGUCUCGAGUACGUCCGCCAGUGUGCCAAGGCACUCGAGACGAAUUCGUCACACAUUGGAUUCUCCUUGCAACUAUUGUCGGAGCAAGUGCAGAUCAACAUGCAGCAGCAUGUUGAUUCCAGGCAAAGGGAAGAUGUCAUACAGCGCGAGCAGCUUCGCAGAGGAGACACUAUGCCGUACGACCGCCCCCAUCAACGAACGGAGUCGCGGACGACGCCAAUAGCGGUGCGGCCUCCCAUGAUCACCUCACAAUCAUUCACCGAAGGUGACACUACUGGAAAUUUUCGAGGAGGCGAUUACUCAAAGGUUAAGAAAAUUUUGGGCGAUGAUCCGAACCCUCAGAGCAAUGUCCCCCCGGUUGAUGAAACGCCGGAAUUCCUCAAGUUGGAUCACGAGCCGGAUCUGGCAUGGGAUAACAAGCUUACGCCACCUAUCGUCAAGGGCGGUACGUUGGAGGCCCUCGUUGAGCAGCUGACGCGCCACGACAAGCUAGACUCCAACUUCAACAACACGUUCCUUCUUACCUACAGGUCUUUCACGACAGCGCAGGACCUUUUUAAGCUUCUCGUCAACCGCUUCGGCAUUCAGCCACCCGAAGGUCUGUCUCAACAGGAUUUCGAAGCCUGGCGGGAUCGGAAACAAAAGCUCAUCCGCUUCCGGGUGGUCAACAUCUUGAAGAGUUGGUUCGACAACUUCUGGAUGGAGGAGCACAACGAGGAAUCGAAACAGCUUAUCCGGGAUGUUUACACUUUUGCGCGGGACACGGUCAAGUCGACGGAGACACCCGGCUCUGCGCCGCUCAUGUCGGUCUUGGAUCAAAGGCUCAGCGGCCAGCAAGCCGGAGCCCGCCGCAUGGUCCAGACGCUCAACCAAAACACGCCGUCGCCAAUCAUGCCCAAGAACAUGAAGAAGCUCAAGUUUCUGGACAUUGAUGUCACAGAAUUCGCCCGUCAGCUCACAAUCAUCGAGUCUCGGUUGUACGGCAAGAUCAAGCCCACCGAAUGCCUUAACAAGACGUGGCAGAAGAAGGUCGCCGACGGAGAGCCUGAACCGGCACCGAACGUUAAGGCGCUCAUCUUGCACUCGAACCAGAUGACAAACUGGGUGGCAGAGAUGAUUCUGGCUCAAAUGGACGUGAAGAAGCGUGUCAUCGUGAUCAAGCACUUUGUCGCUGUUGCGGACAAAUGCCGGAGUCUCAACAAUUUCUCUACGCUCACCUCGAUCAUUUCGGCACUAGGCACUGCGCCCAUCGCUCGCCUUAAGAGAACGUGGGACCAGGUACCGCAACGGACGCAAGGUGUUUUGGAAACCAUGCGAAAGCUCAUGGCCAGUACAAAGAACUUUGGAGAAUACAGAGAGGCUCUACACGUGGCGAAUCCGCCUUGCAUUCCUUUCUUCGGUGUUUACCUGACCGACUUGACCUUCAUUGAAGACGGAAUCCCGUCCAUUAUCAAGAAGACCAACCUCAUCAACUUUGCCAAGCGGGCGAAGACGGCCGAGGUAAUCCGUGACAUUCAGCAGUACCAGGCCGUCGGGUACUCAUUGCAGCCUGUCCCGGAGCUACAAGACUACAUAAUAAGCAAUAUGCAGGCCGCAGGAGACGUGCAUGAGAUGUACGACAAGAGCUUGCAAGUGGAGCCGCGCGAGCGAGAAGACGAAAAGAUCGUGAGGGUUCUUGCCGAAUCUGGCUUCCUAUGAUCGACAGUUACCGGGAUGGAGAGAAACACAUCUGCGCCUCGCCCGUGCAAGGCUAUCCCAGUAUGGUGGGCUGGCUGUAGCUGUCGUUGGGCAUUUCCCACGUUUACAGGACUCUACUGGCACGCAAGUCACUCAAUGCCCCCUAGGCGUUGCCCUACAAACCGGCCCGUCAGGAUUACGACAGCACAUUGGAACAUGGCUGAUAUGAAAUCACCUGCCCGGCGCUUAUUGCCGCAGGGCUGAGAUAUACUCAGAUAGAGGGGUCACGGAGAAACGAGGCUGGUGCGCAGUUCUACCCAAAAGGGUUCGACAGAAUGAGAAUUGGAAGAUGAUAGUUCCUCCGCCAUAUGGAGGGUCAAGGAGCACUGUAUCCUUCCUGUCGAGGGAGAGGGGGGGAGGCUUGGCAGUUAGUUCAUGGAGAGAAGAGGUGCAUUGGUACAUCAUGGUUCAGGCAAGCAUGACCCAAUAGCUGGCCGGGCUCGGAAGUGACCAUGUCCUUGCAAAUAGAGGGAGGGGCGCUGGUGGGUUGGAAGGCCUGGCUUGGUCAAUCGCCUAACGACAAGGUGCAGAAUGAACGGGGAAACAGGGGGUGAAGAGAUGGAAGGACAACCACCCUCCCCCAAAAGCGUGCACGAAGUCAAUGAAAUGUUGGUGUAUAGGGUUUUUUCCUCCUGUUGUUUUCUGGGAUAAAGUUACGCUAGGAUAUCAGAUACUGGGGAAUAGGAGUUGCAGACUCUAGUCGGUCACUGUCAGUUUUAAGACGAUUUCAUUCUUCGGC